AAGUGGUGGGAGGGGAAAGAAGAGGGCCCAGGGCUGGGACGGGAGCAUCUUGAGGCCCCUGCAAAGCCAGAGCUGCUCAGGUUCUGCAGGACGGUGGGCCUUGCGGGAGGGCAAGAGAGUAGCUCCGCGCUAGGGAGAGGUGGCAAGGCGGGGAGCUGGACUCCCUCCCCCCUCCCCCAGCCCAGCUCCCCGAAAACGUCGGGCUGCUCCGGGGCCGGGAUGGGUCCGGGGAUCCCAGCUGGAGGCGCCCCGGUGCUCUGGGUGACUGUCAUGUGCUCGUGGAUGGUGGAGUCGAGGGCGGCGGCCGGAGCCCAGGCGGGCAGUCCAGCUCGGGAAUGCUCUCCCGGAGGGCACCAGGUCCUGCAGAGCCCUCGGAGGAGCGUGCAUUGGAAUGCCUCAGAGCCUGCGGAGCUGACCUGUGACCGCUCCCUCCGCCCAGGCUGGUACCGCUUCCAGAUCUCAGACAGACCCGCAGAGAUGCCCACCGCGUGCGUAGAGGCACACCGCUGUGGCACCCAGGUCCCGCUCUGGCUGUCUCUGAGAGAAGGCGAAGCCCUGCCGUUGCCCGGGGAGGCCGUGCAGCUGACAGCCUGCGCCUCCUGGGAGUUCUUGGGUGCCGCCAAGGACUGCUGCCUGUUCCGGAUCCCUGUGACAGUGAGGAACUGCCGAUCCUUCCUGGUCUACUUCCUGCAGCCCACCCUGGGCUGUAUGGGCUACUGCGCGGAAGCUGUUUCCGGCCCGGCAUCGCCACUGUGUGGCCCCGACGAAGCGGACGCGGAGGGCACCUGUGCAGGGCCUCUGGCUGCCCCAGCAGCACCGCCACCCCGUCCAGGGGCUCCCGAGAUUACAAUCACGUGGCUGGAAAGCAGGAUCUUCCUGCGGUGCACCUUUGGUGCGUCCCUCCCCGGCAGCCCCCUGGGAUUCAUCAUUGCUUGGUCCAGACGUUCUUCAGAAGGAUUCAAAGAGGAGCUGAAGCAGGAGACCACCGUCGAGGAAUCUUCCCUUUUAGAGCUUGAUGGCAUCAACGUGAGGCUCGGAGACAGGGUCUCCUGCAGAGCGGCUACCUUUCUCCUGGAGGAUCCGGCCGUUCAGAGCUCGGCCACCCACAGUGAAGAAUUCUUUGCAGGCAUUCAGCUGCACCCCGAGGCGAGCACCAUCGCGGAAGAUGGCCGAGAGCACCAGCUCAGGAUCCAGAGCACCGUGCCAGUCCUCUGCCCCGGGCCCGGCCGGCCUGGCCAAGGAUGCGGAGUCUCACUGAUGCUGAGCACCCUGGACCAAGGUCGUGACCAACCAGGUUUCAAUCUGGCUCUUUCUCAUUGUCAAGUGGACCUUCCUGAGACCUUAUCCUGUGAGAAUGGAACUUGUAGCCAGGCGGUGCUGCAUUUCACGGCCGUAACAGACUUUGCGCGGGAUGGAGAUAGAGUUACCGAGAUUGCUGUGGAGCCCGUUACCAGGGAGAGUUUCCUGUGGAGCAGCUAUGUUCCUGAAAGCAUUCAGAUCACCGUGAAGGACGUGCCCACUGCCAGCUGCUAUUCAUUCACCGACCCGCAUGUAAUCACGCUGGAUGGGAGGCGUUACGAGCAUUUCAGGACGGGAACGUUCGUGCUCUAUAAGAGUGUGUCUCGAGACUUUGAAGUCCACGUUCGCCAGUGGGACUGUGGAAGCACUCACUCCCGCGGGUCCUGUAACUGUGGCUUUGUUGCCAAGGAAGGAGACGACGUUGUGGCUUUGGACAUGUGCAGCGGCCAGCUCCACGCGUCACAGCCCUAUGUAUCUGUGAAGAGCAGAGGCGCCAGCAGCAGCAUCAAGAUCAAGGAGUCGUAUUUGGGACGGAAAGUCACAAUCUUCUUUUAUUCUGGAGCUUUUGUUCGUGCUGACCUGAGCGAAUGGGGCAUCAGUUUGACGAUCCAGGCUCCUAGCUCGGAUUACAGAAACACCCGGGGACUUUGUGGCACCUUUGAUGAAGACCCAGAGAAUGACUUCCAUGAUGAACAUGGCACCAUGAUCAAGGAUGAGUCCAAUCCAUACCUUGUUUUCAGUAAUGAAUGGAGGAUGUCACCAGGAAAGAGCAUGUUUGACAAACUUCCAGUUUCUCGAAAGUCUCCUCGACAGAUCUCCUACUGCAGCUGUUCAGGAAACAAGGCUGGACUCCCAUCUGCUGGCCCUUGGGCUGGUCCGCCCGAAUCCGGAACCAUUCCGGGAUGCACCGAUGGCAGCCACAUCAGGCGUCCUUCCUUGAUACCAGAACUAGACGUCACUGCGGAGUACAUCUGCGUUGAUGGGCUGAGAAACCAUCUCAAGAAGCGUUCAGUGAGAGGAGGAGGAGACAGCGAUGCAGCGGCCUUCCCUUCUAGCCAAGACGAUGCUGCGAGUCUAGCACGAGGUCAUUCAGAGGGACUGAUUCACCAUGAAGGCAGCCAAGGAAGAGCAGCUCCUUUGGGAGCCAGGAGGCAGACGCGGACUUCGGAUCGCCGUCGCCAAGAAGGACGGCCUGCACUGAGGAGGCGGAAGAGGCAGAGCCUGCGCGAACACCCGCCCACAUUGGCUUUCCAGACUCUCAGUCCCGCCGACCUGGACGCAUUCAGCUAUUUCUUCCCCGAGGACCACGGCGCUGCCCCCCACGCGGCGCUUGUGCCCUCCUGGCCCACCCCUUCGGGCCUGACGGAAGCCCGCGUCGUGGCAGUGUGCCGGCAGACCCUGGCCAACUCCAGCAUCGGAACGUUGUGCUCGGGCUUUCUGGGGGAGCACAUAGAUGGCGCGGUGGACAUGUGCGUGAGGGACGUGCUCUUGAAGGAUGACCUGAGCUGGGCCGAAGCAGGUUUGGCCCUCCUGGAAAACGAAUGUGAAAAGAGGCUUCUGGAAGAAGGAAAGUACAACCCGGGCAGCAACGAACAAUUCCUGGAAGACAUUCUUCUCGCGUUCAGGUGUCCCAACUUGUGCAGUGGACACGGGCGCUGCAUGGAAUGGGGCUGUGCGUGUCUCCAGGGCUUUGGUUCCUAUGACUGUGGCGUGCCUUCUGACGCAGCCUCGACCCACGUUGCACCCUCUCCGGCGUCCCCCGUGGCCGUGAGCAGCCUCUCUUCUGGGGUGGCCGUGAAGGCUGAGGGUCCCCCUGUGAUGGCCAGCAGCAGCCCAGAGCCCGGCCGCUCUCUGAGGCCCAGCCCAGCCCCCAGGACCUCAGGCAGCCUCCGGCGGGACGUGCUGGGACCCGGCCGCAGCUCGGCCUCCUCGGCGCCGCCUACGGGGGACCCCUGUGCGCCCCCGCCCUGCUUUCAGGGUGUGCCCUGCGCUCCAGCCCUGGAUGGAGGCCCCCGCUGCGGCCGCUGCCCCCCCGGUUACUAUGGAGACGGAGCCUCGUGCCAAGCUCUGUGUCGGCCCAGCUGUAAGAACGGCGGGAAGUGUGUCCGGCCCGGGGUCUGCCAGUGCCUCCCAGGCCUUGGUGGCAUCUCCUGUGAAGAAGCCCAUUGCAGCCCUCCGUGCCAGCAUGGCGGGACCUGUGUGCCUGGCAACCUCUGCACGUGCCCCUACGGCUUUGUCGGCCCGAGGUGCGAAACGAUGGUCUGCAGCAGGCACUGCGAACAUGGUGGCACGUGCGUCGCUACAGAUGUCUGCCAGUGUCCGCAGGGCUGGUUUGGCCCUACCUGUGCCACAGCCUCGUGUGAGCCGGCGUGCCUCAACGGCGGCCUCUGCCACAAGCCAAACGCCUGCCUGUGCCCGGCCGGAUUCUUCGGGGCGACGUGUCAGAACGCCAUCUGCCAGCCACCCUGUCACAACGGCGGCCACUGCCUGAGAGACAACGUGUGCUCCUGCCCGGAGGGCUACGCCGGAUGGAGAUGCCAGAAAAGCGUCUGUGAGCCGGCGUGCAUGAACGGGGGCCGCUGCGUCCGGCCCGGCGUGUGCUCCUGUCCGUCGGGGUGGCGAGGCAGGCGCUGCAGCUCACCCAUCUGCCUGCCCAAGUGUCAGAAUGGGGGACACUGCUUGGGUCCCGGCGUGUGCCGUUGCCCCUCUUCCUGGGGAGGCGUCCACUGCCAAACAGGUAAGUCUUUGAGGCUGGCUGGCUGCCCCGGGAGUCUGGGGGGACACGAGGAGCCCCUGGUCUGGGGCUUCGUCCCCACUAGGAGCUCCUUCGUGGGCCGCCAUCGAGGCCUGGGAAGCGGCUCCAGCGGCCCGGGGCGGAGGCCGCCCUCCACGCCAGUCCGAGGCAGGAGCCUGGCGAGGAAGCGGCGUCCCGGAGGCCCACUUCUGCGGCCACGAGCCCGGGAGAAGCGCAUCCCCUCGGCCUCCCCAGAGCCCAGCUCCGACCCUCUCUCGGCCCCGUCAUCCCCGCGUGCCCACUUUAAGGUGGGGGAGGGGGAGGCCCACAAAGGUCAGGAGGCCCCCUGGCUCACGGGCCGGGGCUGAGCCCCCCACCCCCACCCCUCUGGGCCUGGCCUCCCCCCGCAGCAGGGCCGGCUGCUCACCCCCAGAGGCCGUGUGCCGCCUCCUCCUCCUCCUCCUCCCCCGGAGCCCGUCUGCUUGGCCGGGGCUGAGGACGGCCGCUGCAGAGGGGCUCAGAGCCGCGCCGGGGCCUGGUCCGGCCUUCCCGAGGGGCCUCAGGCCCCCGAGGCUGCCCCGCGGCCAGGGAGAGCCACGAUAGGGACCUCGGACCCGGCCAGGCUCUCCGGGCAGCCUGCGAGAGGGGCUCGAGGUCGGCCGGGCUGCUGCGCGUGGAGGGCUUCUCGGCCUCUGACGGCUCCACGUUCUGCCUCUCUCCAGGCUCCAAGUAGCUCAGGCUCGGACGGCGGAGCCUGAAGGACCUCCAGGGCCGCCCGAGCCCGGCUGGAGUCUGGGAAACCUCGGCGCACCCCAGAGCUCGGCCUCCGGAGAGGAUCCCGAGGGCGGUGGGCGGCAGGCGCGGGGCUCCCCAUUUCCCUCUUCGCCCCGGGGGGGGCAGCCUCUGUGGGGACCCGGCAGAGCCCUCUCGGCUCCGACCCUCGUUCCAUGCUCAACGCCGUGCGGGCCUCGUGCUGGGCGCCUCGGGCUCAGGGGGCACAGCUGGCGUCCGAGCAGGGGCCGGAGGACCAGGAGGCCCCCCUGGCGGAGAGGCCUUUGGGGGCAGCCGACACUGGGGGUUUGCCAGAGGAGCGUCGGCCCUCGGAACCCCCCCAGCCCCCCCCCCCGCCGUCCCACCUCCCUGAGCCGUGAGGAGGGACGUCCGGGCGAGCCGUGGCCGCGCCAUGUGUUGUCCUCAGAACCGGCGGGGACUUUGCCCCUGGCCUUGUGGGCCCCUCCUGGGAGGACGGCGGGCUCAGACCACCCAGCCAGGCCUGGCAAAGGCAGGACUCGGCCCGUCCCCCAGCUCUGGCCAGACUCUUUCUGGGGCGUCUCGGCUGCCUCUGCGGAGGCUUCCGACCUCGUUACGGGAUUCGCCUUUCCCAAUGCCGCCAUGUUUCUCGCCAUCUUCACCGGCGGUCCUGACGGGGUCCAUGUGGAGGCGCAGCCUCUCUCCGGGCUCUUCUCGCGGCGAGCUGGGAGGCUGCUGGCUCCGGUCCGGGGUGGUGGGGCAGCAGUCUCCCUGUGAUGGAGCCGGACGGGGGACGUGAGUGACUUAGGUAGAGGCAGCGCGUCCUCAAGAGGGCCCAAAGGGGACUGAAAGGUGGCUGCAUUGGGGACCUCAGGAGCUGAGUUCAAAUCUUAGCCCUUCCACUCUCUACUCCCAUGACCCCAGGCAGGUUCAUUGACCCCCCCCCCCCGGGCCUCAGUUUUCAGUGAGGGGAGUCUGGGGGUUGGAUCUGUCCUAGGGAGAGGACAGACGUUUGCAAAAGCACUGGGCAAUGCAAACGUUAGAGGGAUGGACAGGAGUACCUGACAGAGUCGCAUGGGAGCGUCGGGGUCAAGAUCUGGGCCAGGAUUCUGAGGCCCAGCAGUCUUGGCACUUCUCUCCCGAGGGACCUUGGGUUGGAGGUUUGGACACAGCUUUCUGGCUUUGGGCGAUGCCAGCUGAAGAGAGGAACCUUUUGACCCGGCUGCUGGCAGCUAGAACAGAGGACUGAGGACCCACUUCUCCACUGGACCUGCUUUGGACAAUUCUUCAUGUGAAGAUCCUGGCCCAUGUGAUGGGACUCCCCUUGUGAGAUUUGGUGUUGGGGAACCUGACUGCUUUCGCUUGGAUAAGUUAGGUGAAGAAAAGCUUAUAGGAAGUAGGGGUUAAGAUUCAUUGUCAUCAUUCUCCUAAGCCCUUUUCCUUCCUCCCUUUCCCCCAAAAUAAACAUGAUGUUUAUA